GUGAGCUGAGCUAACUGGGUUUCACUGCGGUCCACGUCCCCGCGCGGGGCUGAAUCGCUGAAGUGGCUGCUCUGCGGUGUGAGGGCCACGGGCCUGCCGCGCCCGGGUGUGUCUGACACCACAGAGGAGCAUCUGCCUCUGUCCUACAUGUGCCUUGGCAAAUGCCAUGGCCUGGGAGUGCCCUGCCCUGCCACUGUCACCUGCAAAGCCAGGCUUCAUAUGGCAAGCACAGGAUGCCAAGCCCACGGCUGCCCAAGGAGGAUGUCAGCCUGGCCUCCUAGUCUGCACUGAGCACCUGCCACUGGUCCCUAGGCCAAGCAGAAGGCAAUUGUUGACAGCCUGAAGGGCUGGCUGGCCGAGACACUCAGAGACCUGCAGCCCUGCAUCCAGCUUACCUAGCAAGAUGUGGACCGCCUUGGUGCUGGUAUGGAUUUCCUCCAUGCCGUUAUUGAGAAGCCAUAUAGUGUCUGUUCAGCCACGACACUUAGUCAAUACCAAGUGGCCUAGAGCAGUAAAUCAAAGCAUGCCGGGGGACACAGUUCCAAGGGCUGAUAAUACAUCUACCGAGAGAAUAGCCACAGUGCCACCUGUUCCUGACACAUUGACAACAAGGACCUGGGCAGCCACCCUGAACUCUACCAGAGUGACAACAGAGAUGACAAUCCAUGGGACAAACAUGAGCACUCCCACAACCAGAGAGGGGACAACAGACAGUGUGACCUCCAGCACUCUGGCUGCACCUACAUCUUCGGGCCCCUCAUCUGUGGGGCAGACUCUACCCACCACCAUCACUGGACUUCCCUCUCUCAGCACAUCACAUGCAGAAGUGCCAAGAACAAAUGCCAGCGCGUCACCAGGAACAGCCAUAGCAACAACUAUGGCCCCAUACACUAGAACUGUUGCUGCAGGCUCCAGAAACACAAGUGAUCCUCACACAAGGACUCUGAGUCCUGCCCAAAGCACACACACUAACACAGCCAGCAGGAGCCCAGUGCCCACCUCAGGUGCCCAAACGCAAGGCACCACCAUCCUGGUGACCACAGACCAGCCAGUGCGUAGCACAGCAGGUAGAUCAACUCCUAGUCCCUCAAAUACCACCCUGGAGCCCACCACCACCCAGUCUGUGGCUUCUGUGUCCUCUGCCGUAGUGACCACCACCCAGGUAAAAACCAAGGAGCCAUCAACCAGCACAGUGCCAGUGCUUCCUCCCAGCCCUGAAGUAGACACCACAUCCUCCAGCACACAGCCAAGCCCUACAUUACCUACCAAGGGGACAGGUGGGCCAGGCAUACUCCUGACAACGGAGCAAGUGGGGACCAAAACCACAGCUGGUACUGCCUCUGCUGGGCCAACAUCCAAGAGUUCAGGGGAUGAUAAGGUGCCAACCACAGACUUGUGCCAGCUCAACACCCAAGGCCAGUACCUAGUGGUCACUGGUUAUCUGACUCCAUCCUUGGUGAACAAAAUGUUACUCCUGGUGGUGCUUGUUGUUGGGGUGACCCUCUUCAUCGCAGUCCUGGUGAUGUUUGCCUUGCAAGCCUAUGAGAGCUACAAGAAGAAGGACUACACACAGGUGGACUACCUGAUCAACGGCAUGUACGCCGACUCGGAGAUGUGAGGGCUUCUCAGGAGGCCAGCCUCUUCCAUGGCCUUCUACUUUGCCUCAGACCAAACUAAGUGCUUCCAGAUCCUUUCGGUGCAAUUUCAGAGCUGUGCCAGAUGCUUAGACACAUUUAAUAGCUGUCAGAUCAGCUCCAUGAUCAUGAGAGAGCCGUCUUUUCAUAUUUAUUUUUCUAAACGAUCACAAACGCAGGCGUGGCCAGGGUUGAGAGGGCCUGGCACACUUGGUCCUUGGUGUGGGAAAGUUUGACCAGAAUUAAAAGCAAUGACCUCUCUCUGUC